UCUCUCUCUCUCCGGUGAAUCCAAAGCUAAGUGACCCACUUCGACCGAUGCGUAAUUUGAAUUCAGACCGUGGCCUACCUUUCUUGUUCCUUUGUUCGGGUGAUGGGGGUUGAGCGCACACAUACACAGGCACAGAGCGUUCUCUGCUAACAAGUUGUGAAAGACUAUGUUGAGGGUCAUCAGCUGGUGGGUGUUUGAGAGUGUAAAGGAAAAGAGGCUUAUUGGCUCCUAUGGUGUUAAGGAUCAUUGACCUUUUAGGGCAACCUUGCCAUGAAACCAAAGUCGAAGAAACAGGAACAUCGCUCGCUUGUAGCAUCUAAUCAGACAGAGUUCGCAUCCUCAAUAACCAAAAUUGCAGUCUCUCAAAUCUGCAAAUCAGUAGGUUUCAAGGCUGCCCAACUCUAUACGCUAGAUAUUCUUACAGAUGUUGCCAUAAGAUACCUCCAAUCAAUUGCCAAAUCCGCUGCAGCAUAUGCAAAUGCUUCAAGUCGCACUCAGUCAAAUUUGUUUGACCUUAUUAAUGCCCUCAACGACAUCAACUCUGUAUCUGGUUUCCAUGGUGCUGCUUCUCUUCACAAGAACAGCGUAGCUGUGCUUGCGUCUGGUGUCUUGUGUGAUCUCAACAACUUUGUAAAGAACUCGUGCGAAAUCCCCUUUGCCAAACCUGUUCCCAAAGGAGGUGCGGUUGAUUUGCCUUUACCUGUGAUGCAUUCUAGUGGUGGUACAAACUUCUCGAGCAUUUCUCGGGGCCUGCACAUACCAAGAUGGCUCCCACCCUUUCCUGAUAUGGCUACUUUUGUAGAGAAUCUUGAGAUUUCAUUUAGUCAAAGAAACCAUGGUGAGCAGUUAUGGGGAAGUAUGUUAUCAUUGGAAAAUCAUGAGUCUAAUGAGCCGAUAUUGGAGAAUAAGAGGCCAUCAUCAAGGGGGCUGGAGGAACGGCGUGGGAAGGUGAAGUUCACCGUUGGAAAGGGAAGAAGAGCUGGAAAUGGAAUGGAAGGGGGUUUGAGGAAGGUGAUUUGCGGCGGUGAGAAGAGGGUAUAUUGUAGGAUCAGAAGUGACAAUGAUGAAAUUGUUGAAACAGAUGAUGGUGAUGGCAUCAAGAGAAGGAAGACUUGCAAGUUUUAAAGGUUUGUAACGAUGAAAAUUCAUCGCUAUCGGCAUGCUAUGCCCAAUUUUGGCCAUUCUUUUGCUCUGAAAGUUUGAAUACUCUCAGAGAGAUUCUGGAUGUAAAGUGAACGUUGUACUCAUCUCUUAAAUGCUCAUGUUAUGUCCUCUUUUUGCUCCUUGGAUGGAAUCAAGACAGGAUGAAGCUAUAAAGU